UGAUGUCAAACAUCUAAAAGAUGAUUAGAAACCAGCGCUCUCCUUCAGAGUCUUCCCGUAGUUGCCAUUUUCCUUCCUGUGUUCUGCCCUCGGUGUGUAUUACAGGUGGAGUGAAAUUAAGAAUUAUUACACAAGCAACCUAUUAUUGGCUUCCUUUAUAGACUGUACUUAGUGUUUUUGGAGCUGUCUGGUCAGGUAGAGCUUUAAGGAGGCGAGCGAGCGACUUCUGAAGGCUGCUGAAGAUGUUGUGCAAGAGUCAAGCGUCUGGAAUGUUUGUCGUCACAAGCGUUGGACUUCACUGCUAACAGAUCGACGGAGGGAACGGCGCGUCCAGAUUAAUAAUACAGACCGAAUGCAACUCGAGCCCGUCGUUUAUUUAAUCGCUCUGCACUGAUGAAUUUCCAGACCUCUUCGUGCCGGCGCAUUGAUUACAAGUACGGCUUUCCCUUCACGGGGUCAUUGUGGCUUUGUCCACGAGCUGAACUGAAGGGAUAGCUAACCUGUCACCGCUUACGAACCCUCAACGUAGCGUAAAUCAGGACUAGGCCUUAGUUCAAGCCACUUUUACCCAAGAAGAAAGCCUGCAGGAGUGCCUCUUGACGCGGGAUAAUGACACCGGCAUAUUUUGAGAGACGCGAGCACGAUAUUUCCAGCUGUUUAUCCUUAUCUGCGAAUGCCUUUCAUCUGCUGAACGCACGCUAAGAUGUUUUGGAGAAUGCUGGUAACCAGACCGCUGUUCUAGAAAUACCCAAGCCUAUGUGUCCUCCAGCCACCAGAUGGCUCUGUCCAGUCCCAACACCAACAGCAGCAGCGCGAGCAGCGCCGGAGGCGGGGAGCAGCUGAGCAAAACCAACCUUUACAUCCGUGGACUCCAUCCAGGGACCACGGACCAAGACCUGGUCAAGCUCUGCCAACCGUAUGGAAAGAUUGUGUCCACCAAGGCUAUUCUGGACAAAACUACCAACAAGUGCAAAGGCUACGGCUUCGUGGAUUUCGACAGUCCUGCAGCAGCACAGAAGGCUGUGACGGCGCUCAAGGCCAGCGGGGUUCAGGCUCAGAUGGCCAAGCAACAGGAGCAGGACCCUACCAACCUGUACAUCUCUAACCUGCCCGUGUCCAUGGACGAGCAGGAGCUGGAGGCCAUGCUCAAAUCCUUCGGUCAGGUGAUUUCCACACGGAUCUUACGGGACGCCAACGGAACCAGCAGAGGAGUGGGGUUCGCAAGGAUGGAAUCCACAGAGAAAUGUGAAGCCAUCAUUCAGCAUUUUAAUGGAAAAUAUAUCAAAACCCCACCUGGAGUGCCAGUACCUACAGAACCGUUGUUGUGCAAGUUUGCUGACGGAGGACAAAAGAAGCGACAGAACCAGGCAAAAUACCUACAGAACGGUCGACCCUGGGCUAGAGAUGGUGAAACGGGAGGAAUGACGCUCGCUUACGACCCAGCGGCCUUACAGAACGGGUUUUAUUCUCCUCCGUACAGCAUCGCUCCGAACCGAAUGAUCGCUCAGACCUCUCUGUCUCCGUACAUGCCCUCACAAGUACCAUCCUACCAGGUGCACAGCCCGUCCUGGAUGCAUCAUCAGUCGUACCUCAUGCAGCCCACCGGGGCCGUUCUGACUCCAGCUAUGGAUCACUCGAUGUCCAUCCAGCCCACGUCUAUGAUCGGACCCCUGACCCAGCAGCUCAGUCACCUGUCUCUCGGCAGCGCCGGCACGUAUAUUCCCAACGCAGCUAUGCAAGGAACGUACAUCCCUCAGUACGCCCCAGUGCCUCCCUCUAGUGUCACGUUAGAGGAAAACAGCGGACAGCAGCAGCAGCAGCAGCAGGUUUCCAUGGAGACGCCUUCAGAACACACUAAUUAUUCCUAUCAACACAGCAAAUGAAGCUACGGUGGUGUGGAGGUGCUCGCCGCGCUCCGGACGCUGGGAGUCUCUCGGGACCGACGGAGGACCGGAGACGACGCGGAUCACGAAAGGAGCGGGCAUCUUUUGUAGGACAGAGACAUAAAAGGAGGUCACUCAUCUUUUGUUCGACUCCUCUCUCUUCAGGAGUCCCUCGGCCAACGGUGGGAGAAGUGCAGAAGAGCUAGCACUCGUUCAUCUUUUUGAUAACAAAACAGAAAAAAAAAAAAGUGUAAAAAAACUACGUUGAUUUUAGAAAAGGGUAAGGAAAACACAAUGUGUUCUUUUAUGCACGUAAUGGCAAAUUCUUAUUUUUAAGAACUAAUUCUUUAAUAUGGGAGGAUCAAAAAAGUUAAAAAUGUGUUUUUUGUAAAAUAUGCAACUUUUUUAAAGAUUUGUUCUUUUUUUUUUCUUCAGUCAGCAGCAGUAAGAUAUUUUUGUACAGAUUAAUAUGCAAACAGUGCUUUUGGGUUGUCCUGUUCUUGAACCUGUCGUGUGAUGUUUAGGCGUUUAAAACCAUUUAAAGCCACUUCUUCAUGCGGCGGCCAUUUUAAGAAAUAGUGAUGAAAUCACUCUAAUCCAAUCCUCUCUUAAAGCAACAGACAAUCAUUAACUUAUUAUUUAUUACAGGUGUUCCUGCAUAGCGAGGCAAUAAAGCUUUGUCCAUUUGAGUUCGUAUCAAAUAUUUGAUGCAGAAAUGAAUAAAUUAGUUUAAUUAAGUUUAUAAAAAGUCGUUUUAUGAGGGGCAUUUUAAAUCUAAAGAUAACCUGCCAAACGUUCACGAUCAAUUCCUUUUUAUUUAAAAUUAAAAAAACAUUUUGUUAGUUUUCUGAUGUGUAUACAGUAACGGCACCCAAUGUUUCAGGUUUCUGAAUGCUGUUUAAACGUGCUUGAUAAAGAUCAUAGUGUUUCGUACAGAUGAGUCUCGAGGAAGUGACUUUAAGUGGUUAUUAAUAUCAAAAAUAGUUCAUAAAAGUGAUGAUAACACAUGACUUUGAGGUUUGUCGAUCCCACACUGCUAGACCUCGGCUGUAGGGAAGCAGAUGCACGUUUCAGUCUGGUCUGAAGCUUCACUUUUCUUUUUUAACCGUAGAAAUCAAUCCAUCAAACACAUGAGAACAGAAGGAAAUCAAGGCCUACAUCUUACACGUGUUUUGUAGAUUAUUUAAAAAAUUUGCCUGUCUUAACCUUCUACGAUGAAGUUUAUUUGUGCUACCUUUUAUCUAAAGUUUCCAACUACAAUCGUCCGAGGUGUAGAUUUUGAGAAGUGUUCAUCAGUGAAUGCUGAAGAAACAUCACAGUGAUGCACAGGUUAUCAACCCAUGAACAUCUUGAGAAGAGAGAAGCAAAUCCAUCGAGAUGUUUUUUCACAAACCGUUGCUUCUGGCUGAAAUAUGAGUCCAUAAUCCAUAAUACUGCUUUCUCCGGUUAAAAAUCUCAUGAAUAAGGACAGAAUCUGCACAGAUCGAGUACCGUUCACAAGCGGAAACCGUCCAAAACGGCUCUGAAUUUUAAAAGUUAAACUUUAUUAAAAAUGAUUAAAUAUUUUUGUCUGAAACAUUGGUUUGUAGGGUUUUUUUUCAGAUAUUUUUGUCUGAAGCAAACUCCUCCAGAUGUUCACUGAUGGACUGGAGUUCUGUGGAUGAUCGUGAUGUUUUUAUCAGACUCUCAUUCUGAUGAAACGCUGGAAGCGGAGACUCAUUUCUCCAAAUACGUUCCCAGACCCGAGGCCUGUGUUUUAUUGUUAGCGUGUUAAAAGAGAGACGUUAGCAGUGUGUGUGUCAUCAGGUUGUGUGUUAUCAUGGCUUUUCCAGAGAUUUGUAGAAAUAUCUUCCAACCGGUGCUGGGGUUAUACCUGAGACACGUAUAGCAGGAAAAACUCUUCUAUGAAACAGAUCACGAAGGACAGAAGCAGUUCUUCAGCGCAUGUAGUCGCUUUCUUCCUUCAUGCUGCUGGUUUUUUAAUGAUCAUGAUUUUAUCCUUCAAGUGUGAUUAGCUGUAGUGUUUGGGCAAAGCUUUACUUUCUGAAAACGUGUCGCCGUUCCUUUUUAAAAUGCCAGAUGAAUAGGAUUUUUGUGUGCAAAGGAAAGACAUUUUCUUGAGUUUCUUUAUGUUCUUCUCUGUGCUGUUUGUUGUUUUACUUGAAAUGUACUGUCUCGGUCAAUCAUGGAGUCUGAAGGAGUCUGAAUAUCCAAAAUGAAACGUUUUGAUAUCAUCGAGUUAUUUUCGUACACUUAAACAUACUGUAGAAGUGUCUUACGCUCUUAAAAAACGAAGGUGCCAUUUUUGUCUAAAUGGUUCCGUAAAGAACCUCUGAAGAACCUUUCUGUUCCACUGAACGUUAUUGAGGUUCCUCAGAUUCUAGACACGCCUUUGGUUCUUUGUGAAAUCAGUAAUGGUUCUUCUACGGCAUCUCUGUGAGGAACCUUUGAAGCGCCUUUAUUUUGAAGAGCGUAGAGUAGAAUGGCUCUUCUAUAGGAUAGAAACACAAGGGCUUAUAUUCUAAAACACUAAAGACACGACGCACCGUCUGAGAGCUUCCCUUGAUGCAUUUUACAUUUUAAUGAAUGUAAAGCCAUGAACUAUUAAAUGGUUUUCAUUAAGAGACUCUCCUCCAUCCAUAAAAAUAGCUGCUAGCGCGAUUACCGUCUAGGAUAGCUUGACAUCGCAUCCAAAGACGCGCUCAAUACCUCUUUUACAGUUUACCAUCAGUCUUCAGAUUCCCAAAGAACGGAUUCGUUCGGCCACCAAAGAUAGCUACGCCACCGAGACACAACAUGACUUUAGAGUACGACAGCAAAUUGUUUCCUACUAAAAAAAUGGUCUGGUCGUUUUCCUUUUCAGUGUGACUUUACCGUUGAUGUAUUCGAGUCAGAUCUUCUGUACUAAACUCAUUUUCGCAGUUCGCCUCAUGAAGGAAAGGGGGAUUUAUUUCGGUUGUGGAGCUGAUAAAUCGUUUCGUCCAUUAUUAACACAAGACAUUAAACAUGGUUUUGAAACUAUGAAAUGAUGUAUUGCUUUUUAUUCAGAUCGACCGCAUACAUCUAAAUUACCGUUUUAUUUUUUUAACCGCAUCGAUCAGUUCAGAUUUUCCAAAAAGAGCUGCUAGUUUCCGGAGGAGAUCAUUUCAUAGUUUCAAAAUGUGUUGCUGCUAACAUGGGGUGUUCAAGCUGUUCGCCAGAUAAAGCCAUAAAGUUAUUUUGUGUUGAAGCUGUAACCCAAGUGCCUCAAGAAACGAGCUGUUAGUUGUUUUGGGUCGGGAGACUGAGACGUGUUUGCGCUGGUGGUGGUGGUGAUGUGAUUAUUGAACACAUGGCUUGUCUCUUGAACAGCUUUUUUUAAACAUUCUUUAUUUAUAGGAUAACACGUGUUGUACAGGUAGCUGAAGAAACAGUUUGGUGGUUUGUUUGCAUGUUCACCGGAGCUUCCAGCCGGACGUUUGUCUUCCUGUGCCACAGUUUCUGAUUUUCUGUUAUCUUUUUUUUUUUUUAAGAAAAACUAAAAAAAAAACAACAAAAAUGUU